UUGGAUUCCCUCAUCUAACGAAAUGAAACUCCUGGGCUACUCAGCGCUCUGCGCACUCCUGUUGUUGGCGAGCGCUGAAGACAAGAAAAAGGCCACAGACGUUAAAUCCGCAGAUGCCGAACCCGCUGAAAAGAGACAGGACAAGCGUGGAUUGCACUUGGGAUACGGUGGUGGUCAUGACUUUGGAGGAGGAGAUGACUUUGGGGGUGGUCACUUCGGCGGCGGUGGAGACUUCUCAGGCGGUGGUCACGAUAUAGGAGGCGGAUUUGAAUUAGGCGGUGGAGGCGGUGGUGGCGGCGGAGGACACGAAGAACACAUAAAAACCGUCACCAUUGUCAAAAACGUCCCUCAACCCUAUCCCGUUACGAAGGAAGUUCCAGUGCCAGUAGUGAAGAAUAUACCAUAUCCAGUAAAGGUUCCAGUUCCUCACCCAUACCCAGUAGAGAAGAAAGUUGGAGUACCUGUAAAGAUUCCCAUUAAGGUACCAGUACCCAUCCACAAGCCCUUCCCUGUUGAGAAAACUGUUCACAUUCCUGUUAAAGUGCACGUCGAUAGACCUUAUCCUGUCAAAGUUUUAGUACCACAACCAUACCCAGUAGAAAAGAAAGUACAUGUGCCUUACAAAGUCCCGGUGCCCCAACCUUAUCCUGUAGAAAAGGAAAUCCCAUACACUGUAAAAAUUCCAGUGCACAUACCGAAGCCUUAUCCAGUGGAAAAAAUUGUCCCAUAUCCAGUGAAAGUGCCAGUCGACAGGCCUUAUCCCGUCCAUAUUCCAAAACCUUACCCUGUUCAUAUAGAAAAGAAGAUUCCCUAUCCCGUCUUCAAACCGGUACCAGUACCCGUUAAAGUUCCAGUAGAGAGGCCUAUUCCCUAUCCCGUAGAUAAACCACAGCCAUAUCAUGUUAAAGUCCCAGUACCGGCCCCAUACCCUGUUGAGAAGAAAAUACCCGUACCUGUGGAGAAACCAGUACCCUACCCAGUAAAGAUCCCAGUCUUCAACCCUGUACCUAUUACUAUUGAAAAAAAAGUACCUCAUAUAGUUGAGAAACCAGUACCAGUACCAGUCAAAGUCCCUGUACAUGUACCCGUACAUGAAGAAAGUCAUGACAUCGGAGGAGGAGAUUUUGGAGGAGGAGAUUUUGGAGGAGGCGAUGCUGGGGGAGAUGAAGGUGGCCACGAUUUUGGUGGAGGCAUCGAUGUAGGAGGGGGUCACGAUAUUUCCGGUUAUGGAGGAGGCGACAUCGAAGGUCAUGAAUAUCACUAG